GGGUAUGGGUGGAAUGGGUAUUGGACUCCGCGAGAAUAAACGGCGGGCAUUUCGCGCUCCAAAUUGGAUGCGCAAUAUGAUUGUAGAAGCCAAUGCUAACGAAAAAACAAAACUUCUAGGGGAAGAUCUACAGGAAUAG